GAACCGUACAGAACACACUCACCAUAGCCUUUAUUGACUUUAUGUGUAAAAGUUGACUUCAGCUAAUCCUCCUGUUUAUGGAAAUGGAGAGUGCUUUUGAUAACCUUGAUGCAGCUGGCUUCCUGGAGAUCUGGCAACACUUUGAUGCAGACGAUAAUGGCUACAUUGAAGGAAAAGAGCUUGAUGAGUUUUUCCGUCACAUGAUGAAGACACUGGGUCCACAGGAGAAAGCAACAGAGGAGAGAGUUCAGAGACUGAAGCAAAGGUUCAUGUCGGCCUAUGACAUCACUGCUGAUGGAAAACUACAAAUACAAGAGCUGGCCAAUAUGAUCCUUCCUGAGGAUGAGAACUUCCUGUUAGUGUUUCGCAGAGAAGCUCCUCUCGACAACAGUGUUGACUUCAUGAAGAUAUGGAGGAAGUACGAUGUUGACUGCAGUGGCUAUAUAUCGGCUCAGGAGCUCAAGGCUUUCCUGAAAGAUUUGUUCCAGCAGCACCACAGGGCAGUAUCAUCUGACAAGCUGGAGGAGUACACUGAUGCCAUGAUGAAAAUCUUUGACAAAAAUAAGGAUGGGCGUUUGGAUUUGAACGACUUGGCAAGAAUUCUGGCUCUAGAAGAGAAUUUCCUGAUCCAGUUCCAGAUGGAUGCCUGCAGUAAAGAGGAGCGGAAGAGAGAUUUUGAGAAGAUCUUUGCCCAUUAUGAUGUCAGCAAGACAGGAGCUCUGGAGGGUGCUGAGGUGGACGGCUUUGUUAAAGACAUGAUGGAACUGGUCAGGCCCAGCAUCACAGGUCCUGAGCUGGACAAGCUGCGGGUCAUUCUUCUUGGCCACUGUGACGUCAACAAAGAUGGAAAGAUCCAGAAAAAUGAGCUUGCUCUAUGCCUGGGAGUCAAGCUCAAUGCUUAGUUACAGAGCGGCAGUCUGAUGACACACACACAACCUUGAACCUUGAAAUAUGAUUUGACACUGUAUUAAAUAGAGAAACCCGAGACUGCCCAUUUUUAGCUUUAUUGACCUCUGUGUUAAAACUCUUUCUCCCAUUACUACAACUGACCACUUGCAUCUUUACUGGCUGCACAUGAUAGACAGUGUUUUGUUGUGCAUGUUGUGUUGUAGGCAAAGAAAAAGAAGGUCUGAGAUGUGUUUUUUCCAUGGCUAAAGUAAGUUCCUGUGUUAGAUGGUUUGUGGCACAUUGAUCAGUUUAUUAAUUUAUGGAAAUGUUUGAAACAGAGGGAAAACAACAAAGUAUCAGUGUUUUAUAAUUGUAAUACAAAGUCUUUUUCUUUUAGGUUCCAGCUACAGUAACAUUGGCCGUUACUGAUGUCUGGACACUUGCAUGUUUGUCUGUCUAGAAUGUCUGAAGUACGUCAUAUUUAAUUUUGAUAUAAUGUGCUGUUCAGAAAUUAAAUAUUAAUGGUAAA